AUGGCCAACAAUUCUCUCAACCAGGUCCUGUUCAAAAGAAAACCCGUUAUAUACCUUCCACAACCCGUCAUUGAAGAUGAUAGCUCCGAGGUCUGGGUUAUCCCGGAGACCAGCGAGGUCUUCACGAGCUAUGACCCGUACCUCCAGCGAAUGGACUUUUACAAGCAACGCCGAUUCAUCUGCGAGAUCACCGGCCAUUCGGGCAUGAACUUUUUCGAGGCACUCCGGAGUGAGACGGAGGAAUCACGCGAGGUCAACAACAGUUUCCCCGAAGCUUUGAAGGAACCGAUCUUACGCCGAAUCCAGUUCUCGACGGUUUCGCGGGUCGAUAACUUGGUGGAUGAAAUAUACGAAGAAUUCAAGUCCGACUUCUACCCGGGCGAAGCUGUUCUUAUUUUGCUAGAAGAUAACAGCAGACUUCACGGGACCAUCAGAGACAAGGCUAAUUUUGCCGAACAACUCUACGCUGAUGGUACCAUCAAGACUCCGGCAUUUGCUCGGUACCUAGUCAAGGUUUCAGACCGACCAAAUGAGGAAGCCCUUUUGGACCAAAACCACAUCACGCGCGACCGAAAGGCUUUCACCAAAUUGAUGCUUCGCGGCUUCAUCAAGAAUAACGUUACUCGAGAGGCGUGGACUGGCGCACCCUGGUUGGUGAAGGCAUCAAUCGCCGAGGAGUACAAAAUCUCCACAGAGGUCCCGAAGCACCUGCAGUACGGCGCCAAGAUUGCUGAGAAGAGAGCCAUGAAGAAGGCGGGCGAAGAAGGUUUCUUUGGCAUUUUCUCUUCACAACAGUUGCCUGAGCUGAAGCCCGCAGUGAAGGGCCAAAAGUCCAAAAUGUCUGCGCAGGAAAUGGCAAAGACCCGUGAAGCGCAGUACCAGGAGUACCAGCGAUCUCUUAACGGCAACCCUUCAUUCCUUCCGCCUAACAACCCUCUCCGUCCGUCCAAGCCACCGCUGGUCGGUGACAAGAAAAUGCAUCCGCCAUCAGUCGUUGUCAAGAACGAAUCACGACCGCCUUCGCCUCCUCCUAUUCGGUACCCUAUGGAGGAUCUGGAGCUCGCUCCUAUCCAUGAACGGAAGCCUCGUCCCACCUUGAAGUUUGUGAAGCUGGGCGAAUCGGACGACGACGACACCGAAGACCUUCUGCCAGAUAACUUGGAACCGGAUUCCGUCGGAUUGCUUCUGGAAACCUGGGAUACUCUCAAUGUGUACUGCGAGGUUUUCAAGCUUGACUCAUUUACCUUUGAUGAUUUCCUCCAGGCAAUGCGCUAUUCAUCAGAGGAGGUUGACUGCGAGCUAUUCGUGGAAAUCCAUUGUGCCGUUCUGAAGAAGCUUGUGAAUGCUGAAGGCAAAGACGGCGGUGCCAUUCAAGUCUCUCUCCCCGAUUUUCCCGUCGAAGAAUCUGAUGAGUCUGAAGAGGAAGAGGAAGAGGAAAAGGAAGAGCAGGAGGAAGAGGGCGAUGAAGAGCCGGCACCCAAGGCAACAAGAAUGACCACCCGAGGCAGCUUGGCCAAAAAAGAGGCGGAUGAGAUCAAAUCAAACAUCCAAGAAGAAGAACCCGAGGACGAGCGGAUCCAUCGCGCCGAGGAGAUGUUCGAGAAAGUCGGCUGGAUUGAGCGUCUUCGCCGGCGAGACUUCCGCAAUGGUGGCUGGGAGUUGGUCAUGAUCGGUCUCUUGCAUCAGCUGUCUUUCCGUCCUCGGUCAGAAAAGACUUGCAACGACAUCCUGCAGCAUCUCGCCCCUCUUGACAUGCCCCCAACUCAGAAGACUGCACGCGAGCAGUACCGCACCCUCGAUAUCAACUUGCGAGUCAAGGCUCUUCAGAUGAUCUGCAUGUUGAGCUUGGAGACCAAAGCUAUUCGGAACUACCUGGAGGAAUGCAGCAAUCAGAUGACCGAGUUCCGCAAGGAGAAGAUUGAACACCAGAAGGCGCGCAAGGCAGCACUUGGUGAACUCCGCCUGCUGCAUCAAGACCGUAAGGCGCUUGCCCCAGAGCCUGAAAAGGGCGCUGCAAAGUCGCCGACGCCCAUACCCGAGCUUGAGGAGGGCUUGGAUGACUCCAAGGUGACCGGCAUCGAAGGUGACUCCGAGAUCCCCAUCGACACCGAGGACGAGGAUACUCCUCGGCCGCGAGCACUACGUGGUGGAGUUGAUCGUGCUCUGGAGCGGAAGCGGAAGCAAGAGGUGGAGCGGGAACGCAAGGAGCAGCUGGCCAAGCAGCCCAAGGGCUCCAAGGCGUACCAAAAGGUCCUGAAGAAGAUCGAGGAACAAAAGAGCCUGAUCAAGGAGUUCGAAGCGAAGAUCGAAAUAUGUGAAAACGACCUGCGGGAGGCCGACUGCCCUCGGACGAAAUGUCUCGGCUUAGACCGUUUCUGCAACCGGUAUUGGUGGUUUGAGCGUAAUGCGAUGCCCUAUGAGGGAAUGCCUACCAGCUCCACAGCUGAGGCGAAGUACGCCAACGGCCGCCUCUGGGUCCAGGGUCCGGACGAAAUGGAGGUCUCUGGCUUCAUUGAUCUGACCGACGAACAGCGCAAGCAGUACCACAGGCAUUUCCAGACUACACCCGCGGAGCGCAGAAGCCUCGAAGAAGGCCCUACACACGUCACCAAUGCCCGGGAAUGGGCCUACUAUGAGGAUCCCGAAAUGAUCGAGCAGCUCAUCGAGUGGCUCGACCCGCGCGGUAACCGCGAAUGCAAGCUGCUCAAGGAGCUCAUGAGCCAGCGAGAGGUCAUCACCAAAUACAUGCAGAAUCGCCAAGAAUACCUGAACGAGACUCGCGAGAGGGCCGAGUCCGAGGAGAUGCCGACCAAGCGUGUCACCACCCGCACCAAGACCUACGUGGACACCAACGAGCACCGUCUCCGCUGUCUGCGCUGGAAGAACACGACUGCCCUCACCGAGCUUGGACACCUUCACGUGGACCCUGACCGACCUCUCAAACGCAAGCGGGCUUCCUCCGUCCCUGAUGUGCGCGAGAACAAGGCGACCCGCGGUAAGCCAUUGACUCGCCGCGGAUCACGGCGCGGACGGGGAUGA